GUUGUAGUAAUUUGCGUGCGAGGUGCGCUGUAGAUACUUAGUCGGCCUGUACAAGAAAUCCAAAUUGCCGUCCUCGCGCACAAACCAACAGACACGACAUGAGAGGAACGCUUAUACUCUACGUCAAACUGCCGACGAUAGUCCAGAGUACCAAAGUAUCUUGCAUAGACUCGUUACUGUCUAAGUAGAGGCUGGAACACAGCAGGCCUUGCACGCCGAUGAGCUGGAGCGCUCAGCACCGAGCCCGUCUGGGUUUAUAUAGUCAUAGUACAGUGUGUCGAGUAGUAUCGUGGGGCACUAAACCUCUGAGACCCUGCCGGUUAAGGGUCUGGUCCAUGGCGUCGUUAACGCUUGCAUGCUCAUCAGCAUCCCCGUCCCGAGCUGGAGCUCCCUCCCAAGUCCUCGUCUACUGCGGUGAAGGCGCAGGACAUCAAUCCGCACGGAACACCCUACACGCGCUCAAACGAUGCCUUGCGCCGGGCGUUGAGGCGCGCUUUCUGGACACCGAGGAACUGCUCGAGGGUCGCUGGCGUGGGAGCUGCCUGCUGCUUGUGAUGCCCGGAGGAGCUGACCUGCCUUACUGCAGACGUCUCAACGGCCGGGGCAACCAACUCCUAAGGGCCUACGUGGAGGCCGGCGGCUCCUACCUCGGCCUGUGCGCGGGCGCCUACUACGCGUGCGGCCGAGUGGAGUUCGAGGUGGGCGGGCCGCUGCAGGUGGUGGGGGACCGGGAGCUGGCGUUCUUCCCGGGCACCGCACGGGGAGCCGCGUACCCGGGCUUCGACUACACCUCAGAGCUGGGCGCCCACGCCGCUCCCCUGCGCUUCCGGCCACCCAAGCUCCCUCCUCCUCCUCCAGCCCCCUCCCCAUCCCCAUGUACCCCGUCUUUCACUACUCCUAGCCAGGCACAACACCCGCACCACCCUUGCCAGCCGCAGCAGCAGCAAACUUGCCAGCAGCAGCAGCCACCGAAACAGCAGCCGCCACCGCAUGCGCAGUCGAUACCAAUGCCCGACCAUAAGGGAGGCCCCCUGCCUCUGCCGUGCCACCAGCACCACCUGCACCAUCACCAGCAGCACCACCUCCACCGACCCAUAUCAUUGCAGCUGCAGCAGCGGCCGGAAGAGGAGCUGUCCGUCGCUGCAUGCCCCUUGCGUGUCCCACGGUUAGCACCUGACCACCUACACUUCGGCGACGCAGCAGCGGCAGCAGUGGCGGGGGGGCCGCACGCAAGCCGCCCUGACAGCACCUCCCCCGCAGCCGCAUGCGGCCAUGUAGGCUCGUCACCGAGCGGGACCUGCAACCGCGGCAGCCCACCGGGGAACGCACUCCUUGAUGACGCACCUGGGCCAAGAGGGCAGGCAGACGCAGGGCUAAGAAGAGUUGCGGGGCUGGCAACAGCAGCCGGUGGCGAGGGGGUUGCUAGCAGCGGCAGCAGCACUGGUGAGGGUUGGUGCAACGGCGCGUUGCGAGGCAGCGAUGUUGGUGGCGUGCGGAGCAACCUCUUCAACGGAGGUUGCGGCAAGGGCCAUGCCAAGGAGGAGGUGGCUGGGGUCGACACCGAUGCCGGGCGCUGGGUGUUCUGCCGGGACUACUCCAAUGGGGGCCCAGUCUUCCAGCUUGCGAGCGACAUACCGGUAGCAACAGCCGCCACCGCUACUGCAGGCGCUAGUAGUACGGCAGCGGAAGCGGAGGCGGCAUUAGGGCAUGGCACGGAUGAUGCGCAUGCAGUAGCAGCAGCCGCGUCAUCAUCAUCCGCAGCCACCGCCUCCUCAUCCCCAGCAGCACCAGCACCAGCACCAGCACCAGUGGUGGGGGCUGUGGAGGUGCUGGCGGUGUACCCGGAUCUGGGGAACGCGAUGGCGGCUGUCAGGUGUCGUGUGGGCCGGGGCGUGGCGGUGCUAUGCGGUACGCAUCCCGAGAUGCCGUACGAGUCACUGUUGAAUGCCGUAUUGCCGUACGACGCACGACAAGCACGACACGUGGCGGCACUUGGCUCGGAGCUAGCGGCCUGGGAGCGACAGCGGCGGCAGUUUUGGAUGGCACUGUUGUUGGCAUGUUGUACGUCAAGCGCUGCUGCCGAUGAUGAUGAUCCGGGAUUACCGGCGGCGGCGGCAGCAGGGGCUGCAGCGUCAUCGUCGUCGUUAGCACUGUUUGGUGGCGUGUUGUCGGCAGCGGGAGUGAGCUGCGACGCUAGCAGGAAUGUGGAGGCGGUGAAGGCGGUGGGCGUGGCGGUUGAGCGACGAUGAGAGGGUCUGUCAGGGUCUGUCGCAAAGUUGGGGCUGAGAAGCAACAUUUGAUGAUGUCGCCUUUUUAAUAUCAGGCCGUUACUCUUCCAUCCAUCCAUCCUUCCUUCCUUCCUUCCUAUGUAUAAUGUUAAUAAUUGUACACUGUUGCACACCUAGGCUGAUACCCGUUCAUCCUCCUUCCCGCGUUUCCAGGCCGCUAACCGCCUUGAAUAGUUUGACUCCACAGUCCACAACUAGCAGACUGUACACGCAAGAAGAAGGUUAAAGCUUGAUGCCGUAACAACCCUGCGAUGGCUGCUGCAGCUGAUGCACUUUAUGAGGGGGAACACUUUGCGGUUGGCGACGACGAGUUAGUAAGCGAGUUCGACGAUACAGAUGGCAGUGGACAUGACUUUGGUAGCCAG